AUGCCGUCUCUUGACGCAUAUUGUCAACGUAUCAAAGAAUUAGCGGAACAAUUGAAGGAUGUCGGCAGCCCGGUCACCGACCAAAGGUUAGUCAUUCAGUUGGUUCGUGGCUUACCGGCUGAGUUUGACACCACAGGAGCCAUUAUCAACCAAACCCUCCCAACUUGGGAUGAUGCGGUCGACAUGCUACAGCAAGAAAUUCAACGUCAGGAAGCUCGUGAGGCACUAACACCAACAGAAGCACGUGCUACUAUUUCUCAGUCAUCCAAUCGACGCACACAGAACUCUCGUGGUUCUGGACAACAACGUUCAGGAUCCAAUCAUCAUGGCCCAAGUAACUAUAACCGUGGGUCUAAUCAACACCAACCCACUCGUGGUGGACCAGGGAACCGUAGGGGGGGUCACUCCUCUUCUUCGGCCCAUCAACGUCCCUAUACUCCAGGCCCAAACACAGCCUAUCAACAGAACCCAAGCCCAUAUGGUGGACAUGGGCAACAUCAGCGGUCUAACUGGGCCCCACCCACACCCUAUUGGCCACCAUAUUGGGCUGGCCCGUUUCAACCUCCACCUUGCCCCUACCCAACAGAAUCCGGGUGGGCUUCUCCAUGGGCUCCUCCUAACCCGGGCUCCUCUGGCCCAACAUUUAACAAACCCUCUGAUGCAGCCCAACAACAUGCCCAUCUCACAGAAGUCAAUCCACUGGACUCCUCAGAGCUUGAAGCCGCAUUCUCUGCCAUGACAAUGGAACCUGAUACAACUCAAUGGACGAUGGAUACCGGUGCAACAUCUCACCUUGCAUCCAAAUCAGUACCUGAAGACUGGGAAGCUCCUGAGUCGACAUGA